UUCAUGCGCAGAAAUAUUUUAAUAAAAAUCACGCCAGUCCGUUCCGUAUCUGCAAUCUGUUUGCGGUUGCAGAAGUAGAAUUUAUUAAGUAGGAAAUAAUUAUUCCCGUUAUUAUCUGAAUCGAAAAUGACAUCUGUUUGCGUGUGCUUCUUGGUGCUCCUCACAUUCCUACACAUGGCGGCGGGAUGUCCGCCAUCCCGUCCCAGCCUGGACGACAUCCUGGAUAAGGCAAUACUGGACAACCGCCAGGGGGAGCUGGCCAACAACUUGAUCAACUUGCCGGAACUAUCCCCGAAACCUGACAUGCAGAUGUACAGCCGGGUGACCCGUCCACGGCUUGGGCAGCAUGCUCAUUUCAGUUGCCGCGUCCCCGCCAACAACAAGACGAACCCUGUGUAUUGGCUGCACCAGGGCAAGAUAGUUUUCAAAGCCAUGCCGACGUGGGGACGGCAGUCACAAACAUCACAGGAUGAUACCGGGACACAAAAGUAUUCCAUGAGUUGGGGACACCAAUCGGGCACCCUCCGGUUGACCAUCGAAAGGGUGUCGUUACGCUCCGGCGGCGCCGUCCUAUGCGUCCGAGCCCCGUCUGACCCGGCCUACAUCGGCCAGGCUCGCGUCCUGCAGCGAUUCCUGCUGCUGCCGCUCAUCACGCGGGCCUCCCAAGUCUUUGCGGCCACUGCCAGCGACCCAUCCCGUGUGACCGUCACCGAAGGCGACAGUCUGACGGUAGCCUGCAGUGUGCGGCUGCCAUUACCAAACAUGAUCUUCCAUAAUAUCGACAACCACAUCAUGUGGCGCCACCAGGGUCACAUUAUUAAAGCCCCCACGGUGGAGCCGUACGGGGCAUUAGGGUCCUACCACGGCGUACCGUCCAACCGUUUCAACCACUCCCUGACUAGCAACAGUCCCGGCCAACUAUUUCGCUUCACGUAUUACAAACCGGCCGUCACGCGGAGCGAUGCUGGACCGAUCCAGUUUCUGUUCCGGCCGCACCAGGAGGUGGACGAAUGGGUCUUCAAGUCGAUUACGUUAUCGGUGCUGCCCAAGAGUAACACGCCGGAGAGCCAUUAACCUCGCCAUGGCCACAUAGUGAAUCGUCGUCACAUAGACUCACAGAGACACUCACAGACAUACGAACGUGCACGUGCUGCCUCAGCAACAGUCGGCGCUACGAUCUCCCAGUCAGUACGUAUAUACAGUAUACGGCGACUAUACGCUGUUGGACUGCCGCUUUCCCGUUAAGUACAGUAAGCAGCUGUAGCCAGCGGACCGAUUCAUUCAUUCUGUGCAACAUUAUUAUUCGCCCAUGACAUUCCACGACGCAGCAACGAUUGCCGCAGCAUACAUCCAGCGCCAAGAAAACUCUGUGAUGGAAUUGGUUCAGUCAAAAAUCCAUGUACGGAAUCAUGCGCACUCGCACAGGCAUUGGCUCGUCGGUCCGUAGUCUGCCUGUAACUCUGUAUUGCAUGCCUGUACACAAUUUGUAGAUGUCUAAUUAGUGUAUUAUACGUUACUACGUUCGAACGGUUGCAGUGGUCCCUCUCU